CACGAGUUAUCACGGUGGUAUCGUCGUUGACCUAUUGUCCAAAUAUGACCCAAGAGGUUCGCAUUCGAAACUUGAUCAUCCGGAUUUACCUCAGGAGGGUCUCUGUGGGGGUACAUUGCGCUAUGCGGUGACCCGUUGCUCUGAAAGAAAAUCCUGGACGAGUUGAUCUGAGAAGGAGGGUGGGUUGGGAAACGAUAGCUUGCCGUGUUUGGCAAGCCGCGGCCUGGUGGAAUGUGAAAACUCGCAGGAGUGUAACUUUCGGCGCAGUUUGACCAAUCAUCGGUCUGGGCAGUGACAUAAGUGACCGCUCAAGCGUUGCACGUGUGUGCACGUACAGCACAAUGUAUACGCAUGUUAGUGGCGUUGAUUACGGGGAAGCCUGGAGGCAUGCACGAAGUUUGGGGAAUCGUGUCACGUGCUUUGCACAUGGGAUAAAAGGCUCAAAUGCAGAGGGAAUCCCAUGCACGCAUCAGCUGUGUAACUCAAUGCGCAAAGACAGGAAAGUGGGCUGUGUCGAUGCUUGACAUGUUAUAGCCCAGACCAUUCGGAGGUCCAUCCGUUGUUUGUUCGGCGAAAACCAAUACUCUCUCGCAAACUUUUCUUUAGCGGUCACGGCGGAGGAAGUUGGUUAUCCGAAAUCCACACAAACUAACUAGGCUGUUUAUUUGGGGAUACGUUUGUCGUCGAUUACACAGCCGUUUGAACAUAAUUUAUUUUGGCUUUGUAAGCUGCGGUUAGAGAAGUCAGAGCUGAUAGUCGCAGUGUCGCAAGUGUUUUCUUGUCCGAACGGCGAUUCCUCCCUCGUCACAAAUUCCUCAAGCAUGUCAAGGAGGUGCGUCUGACAUUUAAACUCAGGAACUAUUGUUGAAGGAAAUAGCUUCCUAAGCCAAGUCGCCAUGGCUGGGAGGCAACUUUCACGGAUAUUCGCCGGUGCAUCUCGCCUCAGUGUGCAGCAGUCAGCUAGCACAAUGGCAAUUCCCCGGGAGCGCCCGAGCUCACCACCACCGGUCACUGAGGAGUCGGGCUCAGAUGCAAGCACCGUGCAGGUGCACCGACUGAACGAGGUCGUCGUGCCCAGGCCCAGCGGGAGCAGCACAACCACCGAACAUGCCGUGGUUGGGUCGUGGGGGAUCUGCCCUGCCAGACUCGGUUCAACGACAGACGCUGCAACGGUAGAGCAUGACUCCCUGGCAGCCGAUGUGCACGUGCGGCCUCGGCCUUUCGACGAGAUUCCUGGGCCGAAAGGGUGGCCCUUUAUUGGGACGCUAGGGACUUACCUAGUUGGAAAUGGUCUCAGCCGCAUUUAUGAACAUCAGAUUGCUUUCACCAAACAAUACGGUCCCAUAUGGAAGGAGCGCCUGGGGUCACUGGAGUUUGUUAACCUCGCUGACCCGGAGUUGGUGGCCAUGAUGUAUCGCCAUGACAACAAGUACCCGAUGAGAGUUGACAUGAAACCAUGGAAGGCAUAUAGAAUGCAUCGCAAUGAGUCGCUUGGUGUUCUCACACAUGAGGGCAAACAGUGGCAUCGAGCACGACACCUACUGAGCAAGAAGAUCUUGCCACCCAAGAAAGUGAGUGCCUACGUGGGGGUCAUCAAUGAAGUCAUAGAGGACAUGGUCCAGCGGUUACGCUACAUCCGAGAUGUCACCAACCAGAAUGGGCUGGUCCCCGAACUGACGAAUGAGAUGUACAAAUGGUCCAUGGAAUCCAUUUUCAAGAUUCUGUUCGAGACCAGGAUUGGCUGCCUGGAGAAGCAGAUUCCAACCGAAUCGCAGCGAUUCAUUGACUCCAUCCACCAGAUGUUCCAAUCCGGCCAGAUCCUAUUUGUCACAUCACCCGAGUUCUUCAGGAAGUAUAGCCUCAAACCAUGGAAAGACCAUGAGGCAGCUUGGGACUACAUAUUCAGUUUUGCCAGGAAGGCAGUGGACAGUCGACUGGCGGAGAUAUCUGCGCAGUCUGAGGGUGAAGGUGAACUGGAAGCAGAUGGAUUCCUGACGUACUUACUCUCCAGCAAGCAACUCAGCAUGAAGGAGAUCUACAGCAAUGCCUGUGAACUACUCCUGGCUGGAGUGGACACAACUUCCAACACCCUAGCUUGGGUGUUGUAUGAGCUGUCCAGGCAUCCUGAGGUUGAAGAGCGGUUGCACAAAGAGGUGUGCAAAGUCCUCGGCACGGACAAGAUGAGGGCAGCAGAUACUGACGACUUAGCUCAAAUGCCAUACCUCAAGAGCAUCAUCAAGGAAAUUCUAAGAUUGUACCCUGUAGUGCCCGCCAAUAAUCGGAUUUUGGAGAAGGACAUUGUCAUUGGAGGCUAUCACAUCCCCAAAAAGACAAUCAUCGGUUCCCUGCAGUAUGUCAUUGGGCGGGAUCCCAAGGUAUUUGAGGAUCCAGGCUCCUUCAAACCAGAGCGUUGGCUGAGGGAUGAGCACGGCCGAGUGCGCUGCUCCAACUCCAGUUUUGCCUCGGUGCCCUUUGGCUUUGGUCCCCGGAUGUGCAUCGGGCGACGAAUUGCUGAACUUGAGCUUAACUUGGCACUGGCAAAGAUCUCACAGACGUUCAAGUUGAAGUACCUCGGUGAGGGAACUGUUGCCCCUUCAGUUCAGGGUUUACUCGUUCCUGGAGGACCAGUCAAAGUUGGCUUCGCAGACAGAUGAGGUGGAGUUUGAAAACCAGUGGAGCAGAAAGAGAAAUGCUCCAGUCAAGAGAUUUCUCGCCAAUUUUGAGGAUGUAUGUAAAAGCUGUUGGUCAUAUCAAAUUUUAAAAUGAAAACAGUGAAGUUGGUUCUUUUGGAGCAAGUCAUUCCCAGAAGAAAGACCGAAUGGAGCAUCAGAUAAAAGAAACAUUCCAUCGGUCAGAUUUGGUCAGACUUGUCGGUCAGAUUUGGUCAGACUUGCUUUUAAAUAAACACAGGUGUGGUUGGAAUGAACUUGCUAAAAAGGGACUUCUCAAACUCAAAAAUAAUGAACUCAUCUAAUGUUAGGGCCUCUUCUCAACAAGCCCCCUUCUUUUUUGAGAGAGAGAGAACAGCACAGGUGGCAGUACUAAAUCAUGACUGUCAGACAUUGGAGGGGGCGGUCAGAGAUGUGGCAAGGAGGCCGUACCCACAGAGUGAAGCUCAGAUUGAGCGUAGCAAAUAUUUUUGUGAUUGCUCUCUGUUAGACAGUGAAACUGAUGGUUUUAGCCCUGGCGAGGGAGUCGUUAAAUGCAACUCUACCUUGCAAUUGACGUGAAUGUUCAUGGUUGAUGGUUGAAGGGGAGCAGACUGACAUGUCAAUCCUGCUUGGGAUUUGUGUAAAUUUGCUUUUCCCUAUCCCACAGCAAUGUGGCCAGGCAUGAACUCUCAAGGUAUAAAGCCAGCCUCCCUUGCCUUGCAUAGUUCCCCCCUACAUUGAAAGCAGGUUCGAGCUGGCAAAUGAAAUGAGCGCAGGAAUGUGCGAGCAUUCAUGACAAAGUCACAGGAAUGUGGUUUGUGUGCAAACAGCCUCAAGCAUCGCCUUGUUUUACCACAAACAAGUUUUAUGGGGUGAGGAAAAAGUCUCCCUCCAUUGGAAAAUGGUUAAAAGACAUUUAAUAGUAUCUAGGCUGGAGAAGUCGGAACAUGUUGGUUAUCAGUCUGCCUUAUUCUUGAGUCAGCCAUUUUUAAUCGAAAGUGAGGCGAUACCUGUGUAAAUUUUUUAAAAACUUAUGAAGCAAAUGCAGCGGGAGAAAUUAUAAAUUAUAUUCUUGUGCGCUGAUGUUAAUUCCAAUUUAUGCACACAAAGUCAUAUCACUCGUCUUGAAGCUGUACCAGUAAUUGUAGCAAAAUAGUCAGGUUCCUUCCCAUUUCAGAGUGUUAAAUAAUUGGAGUGGAUUUGGGGAGCAUGAUUCAAAAUGGCUGUCUUUAUUUUGAAUAAAGCCUAGUCGGGGACAUUAGGAUGACUUGACUUACUGAAAAUUUUCCGUGACAUAUUCUUAUUGGUGUAAUUUGGUGUUAAUCACCCUCACCAUCUGCUUUAUAGUAUUUUUUCAAAACUAAAGAUUUUAGUUGUAAAGUUUAAAUGGUUGUACUUACUAGUUUUGUCUACUUAUUAGUGUGAUCAGUUGUAACUCAGUAUGUGUACACAAGUGCCAAGUUCAAACCCAAUUGUUAUAAUUGUUAUAUGCUGUAAAUAGUCAAAAAGGUUUUCUUCCAGUAUGCCAAAUUAUAAAAUUAAUGGACUAUAUUUUCUUGUUUCUCUUUGUUUUUUACUUUGUGUUUUACUUUGUGUAACCAGUUGCAUCCACAUGUAUUUGAAGCAUUUUAAUUUAUUAGCCACAAUCAUUAAAGGAAGGGCUGGUUUUAUUAGGCCUAUGUUGUCAAUACAGUUUACAAGCAGUUAGUGGUUUGGGAGUUAUACAUUAUUUGUGAAUGUUUGUAAACUGUUUCACACUGUGGAGAUGUUUAUUGUUGAAGGAAAAUGUUAACAUUAAGACCUGUACAUGAAUAACAGUUAGCACUUGUCCUGGUAGUGACAGUUUUUACAGUUGUUGACUAAUAAAACUAGACUUUUAUUUCUGCAUCUGUAAGCCUUGGUUGUGGUUGACAGUUGCACAGGGCGCCCAUGGGAAAAAUGCAGCCAGCUGCGGAUAGUUUUGUAAGCAUUUGUACACAUAUUAUCAUUGGCUGUAGCCAUGAUUGUUAAACAUGGCUGUAGCUGAGAUCCUGAGGGGUACAUCUGGCUUGCCCCUCCCCCCUUGGAUUUUUUGUAAUAUUAAGGAAGGUACCUUUGUCUUUUGAUACUGUAUCAUUUUUAUUUAUUUGAUAACUUUAUAGCGAGAAAUUAUUAUCAGGACAAUUCCCCGCUGAGGUGUUUAGCUUAAUCCCGAUUUGUAAAUGCAGGAUCCAUCACUGCUUCUUUCUUGCAAAUCAUAAUUGUAGGUUGUUUACUGCCAUGAUCAGUUCAUGAACAUUUCGUGCACAGGUUGUGUGCUAAUGCAAAAAUGUUAAACCAAGGGUCCAUAUGUAACCAGUGCAUUGUCUUUAUAGUGUCUUGUGGGAAUCCCGGAACAAUAUGAAGUACCCCACAAAGAGCAUCUGUUGUGGGGGGGAGGUACUUAAAUGAUACACUACGAGAAUCUCACGAAAUAGAUUUUUGCAAUUCUUCAAAAAGGAGGAAAUUCCAAGGUAUACUGUUCCAUUGCAAAUUGAAGUAUUUGACAUUUGGGACAUUUUGUCGGAAAACCAACCCAGGAGAGAUAGUCUGUGAUUCACACACUAAUAGUGAAGUAUGCGAGAAAAAGAAAAUACCUAAAACAGAAAAAAAAAAAAAAAGUAAGGGUGUGUGAGAGCAGAGGGAAAUCUGAAGCCACCAGGGGACCACAAUGGGAACACCAUUGUUGAGGUACUUCGUACAGAAAUUUCUUCUCGGAUAAUGCUUACUUAGAAGGGUCUAUGCAAUGUUUUUGUUUUUAGUAAACAACCCUUGAAAAUGCACCUUUUGGUCCCAAUCACCUUAUCCUAUGUUGUGCUAUUUUAGAGGUUAUCUGGUGCAUUUGAUGCUCAUGAGUGAUUCCAUAUCCAUUAUUAAAUCUGUGAUGUUAUUCCUGGGAGAAAACCUCAAUGUUACAUUGACUUGUGCACAAAACGGUGAUGAUGGUUUUACAUUUGACUGACCUAACUUCUUUGUUAAUUUGUUUUCUAAAUGCAUGGAAAUAAACUAACGAACAACCCUUUCUCAGAAA